AAUACAUAUACAGCCUGUUUGUUGUAUCUUUAAGAAACCAUUUUCCUCAUACCUUAAUUAUACAUACAAAUUAACUAUAUAUAUAUAUACUAGAUAUAGCAUUUCAUUUUAAACGCGUAAACAUUGAAAGACAUGGGUGUUUUAUUUGAGGCCAAGAAUGAGAAAGAAAAGGCCCCGGGGUUGUUGGAAGAUUUCAUAGAAAAAGCGGGUGGGUGUGCGGUCAUCGAUGGCGGUUUCGCGACACAGCUUGAGAUUCAUGGGGCCUCAAUUAACGAUCCUCUAUGGAGUGCACUUUGCUUGAUUAAUAACCCUCAUCUCAUCUCCAAGGUUCACUUGGAAUAUUUGGAAGCUGGCGCCGAUAUAAUUGUAACUUCUUCAUAUCAGGCUACUCUUCCUGGAUUUUUAUCUAGAGGAUUGACACUUGAACAAGGGGAAAAACUACUAGAAAAAAGUGUCAAGUUAGCCAAGGAUGCUCGUGAUAAAUUUUGGGAAAAGGUUGAAAAAAUCGGUCAUCAUUCAUAUAACCGAGCUUUAGUUGCAGCCUCCAUUGGAAGCUAUGGUGCAUAUCUUGCUGAUGGCUCAGAAUACAGUGGGUAUUAUGGAGAAACUGUGGAUUUAAAUAAGCUCAAAGACUUCCAUCGACGCAGAUUGCAAGUUCUAGUUGAAGCCAGUCCUGAUAUUCUUGCAUUUGAGACCAUUCCAAAUAAGCUAGAGACCCAAGCGAUAGCAGAAUUACUUGAAGAAGAAAAUGUUACAAUUCCGUCUUGGAUCUGUUUUAGCUCUGUUGAUGGAGUAAAUGCUCCUUCAGGAGAGAGCUUUGCGGAUUGCCUUGAAGUUCUUGACAAAAGUGAACGAAUCGCUGCUGUAGGGAUAAAUUGUGCACCACCACAGUUUGUUCAUACCUUAGUUCAGAAAUUCAAAGAGGUAACUGAGAAAGUGAUUGUUGUGUAUCCGAAUAGUGGUGAGACAUGGGAUGGUGUCGCAAAAAGAUGGCUGCCAUCCAAAUGUUUUAAUGACGACAAGUUCAAGGUUCUUGCGACAAGAUGGCGUGAUGCUGGAGCCAAACUCAUUGGUGGUUGCUGUCGAACCACACCUUUGACCAUUCGUGGCCUUUCAAAGGUUUUGAAGCAAGGUUCUUUGGCUAGCAAUUGAAGAAGACAAUAUAUGUUUAAGGGUUUAGUUUUAACUUUAUACAAUAUAAUCAAGUAGCCAUUGAAGAAAUGAAAGUAUUAAUAUCAUGUUUUUUAAUUUAUUUAUAAUGAUGAUAAAAUAAAAUCGAAAAUCAUUAUUGAUGUUCAAA